GCGCUAAGGAAAGCUGCCAGCGCCCGCAAAGGGAGGCGGUUUGUUAGAGCGCGGUGUGACUUCCGGCCCGUCCCUUUGAUCCGGGGGCCGGCCUGCUUCUCAGAACUGGGGAAGGCGGUGGAAGUCAGAUGUUACGCUGGCGCGCCGGUCCUCCUGGGGGCCCCCCCUUUGGAGACGGUCCCUCUUCGAAUGCAAAGGCGCGUCUAAAGCAUGUGCCCUUUCUCCCAAGGGACCGGGCGCUUUCUGCGACGCGGACCUUUGAACUCCGUCAUUCUAGCUGACCAAGCAAUGUCCUGGCGUUUCCCGGCCAGGCCCCUUCUCCGCUGACCGGGCAGUUCUGGCCUUUCCCUCCCCAGCUCUGGGAAGCGUGUCCAUUUCUCGCGGGGAGAAAUCGAGGCAGGGCUUGAUCCCAAUAGAUCUGGGGGGGAUGGAACGGACCCCGGGGCCUGGGUUCUAGUCCGGACUGGGAAUCGGGCACGUGGCUGGACGUGUAAGGAGGGGGAGCUUUAGGAGGAGGCAAUGACCGGCCCCGGAAAGCAGGGAGGGCAUGGGGAGGUCGCCAGGAUUCUCCGGGAGGCUAGGUAGGGCUGAGGGGAUGGGGGGAGGCGCUCUUUUUCGAGCGGGCGGGGCACAAGAAGCGCGCGAGCUGCCCCGCCCACCGGAGCGCGGGGGCGGGGCGACUGAGGUUCCGCCUUUUGGAGCGCGGGCGCGGGAAAGAGGGCGCCAGAGCGGUCGCUCCGCCCCCUCACUUUCGCGGCGCCCAACUCCGCCCUCGGCCCCGCCCCGUCCCGCCCCUCCGGAGCCGGGCCACGUGCGCUUGUUUCCCAGGCCGGGCCGGUCACGUGACCCGCGUCAGCUGACCCGUCAUGGCUGGUACCCGCGCCUAAUGGGCUCUGGCUCCCGGAGCGCCCGGCUGAGUGGUCCCGGAGCUCUGGAUCCCGGCGCCCGCUUCCUCCUCCGACAUGGAGGGGCUGCUUCAGCAGGUGGAGAGCGACUUGGGCGUGGACUGCCGGCAGCUGGCCCUGGCUCCGGGGGGCGCCUGUGCCGUGGCCCUGGUGCCCGUCCGCUGGCUGGCGAGUCUCCGGGAGAGAAGGGUGCCCCCCGCGCCCUGCCCCCGGGUGGAGGGCUUGGGCGAGGCCGAAACCAGGAGCCUGCUCCAGCGCUCGGUGCAGAGGCUGCCCGCCGGCUGGACGCGGGUGGAGAUCCACGCGCUGCGCAAGCGGAGGCUGGCCUACCCGCUGGCUCUGGGCUCCGGCCCCCCCUCGGAGGAGCCCGCGGGGGUCCCCGAGACUUUGACCAGAUUCAUGCGGGACACGGCUGCCCAGAACUAUCGCAAUCUGUGGCACGGCGCCUACAGGGCCUACGGGCGGCCCUAUCAGCGGGGCCCGGCUGCGGGCGAAGGUUCUGCCCUGGGCGCUGUGAGGCAGGCCCUGCAGAGGGUUUAUGGCUGCCCCUUCCUCCAGGUGGGCAGGGCUGCCCAGUGCUCCUCGCCCGCUCGGGAGGCUCCCUCCGCUCCCAGGGCCGCAGCGGUCUGCCCCAACCUCCUUCGGGCCGAAGCCCUCCUGGAGUCCCCGGAGAUGCUGUACGUGGUGUACCCCCGCGUGCAGUACUGCCUGCACGACGUGGUCACCUUCAGCCCGGCCAAGCUCAGUAACAGCCACGCCAAAGUGCUCUUCCUCCUCUUCCACGUGCUGCAGGCCAUGGAGGCCUGCCACCGGCAGGGCCUGGCCUGCGGGGCCCUCUCUCUGUGCCACGUGGCUGUGGAUGAGAAACUCUGCAGCCAGCUCCAGCCGGACUUGAGCGCUUAUGAAGCCCCUGAGGAAGAGGAAGAAGGGAAACCUAGUGCGAACAACAUCAUGGAGCCCGAGCCUCUGAGUACCCCUGAGCCCAGGAAGAGAGACGGGCCUGGGGACCCUAUCUGCCAGGAAGAGCUUAGGAGGCUGGUGCUAGAUUGGGUCCACGGCCGAAUCAGUAACUUCGACUACCUCAUGCAGCUGAACUGGUUGGCGGGGCGCCGAUGGGGAGACCCCAACUACCACCCUGUGCUGCCCUGGGUGGUUGACUUCACCACCCAGAAUGGGCGCUUCCGAGAUCUGCGCAAGUCUAAAUUCCGUCUCAACAAGGGGGACAAGCAGCUAGAUUUCACUUAUGAGAUGACCCGGCAGGCGUUUGUGGCAAGCGGCAGUGGCAGUGGCGGGGAACCUCCCCACGUGCCGCACCACAUCUCAGACGUGCUGUCGGACAUCACCUACUACGUGUACACUGCCCGGCGCACGCCCCGCGCUGUGCUCUGUGGCCACGUGAGGGCCCAGUGGGAGCCUCACGAAUACCCAGCCAGCAUGGAGCGCAUGCAGAGCUGGACCCCCGACGAGUGCAUCCCCGAAUUCUAUACCGAUCCCACCAUCUUCCGCUCUAUCCAUCCAGAUAUGCCGGACCUGGAUGUGCCAUCCUGGUAUAGCUCAGGGGAGGAGUUCGUGGCGGCCCAUCGGGCGUUGCUGGAAAGCCAAGAAGUUUCCCAAGACCUUCAUCACUGGAUCGACCUCACCUUUGGCUACAAGCUGCAAGGCAAGGAGGCAGUAAAGGAGAAGAAUGUUUGCUUGCACCUCGUAGAUAACCACACGCAUCUGACCAGUUACGGUGUGGUGCAGCUCUUUGACCAGCCCCAUCCCCAGCGCCUGGUGGGACCCUCGGCCCUGGGCCCCGAGCCACCAGUCAUCCCCAGGCCUCUCAUCCAGAGAGUCCGAGAGACUGCUGGUCGAGAAGAUGUCUCUGGCCAGCUGACCGAUGGGCCUAACGGUUUGGUCCUGGAGGCCACACCCUGCGAGGCUUCCUGGGGUGGAGACCGGCCUCUUGGGGGUGAUGAUGACUUGGAACAGGGAACAGAGGCCUUGGACUCCAUCUCUCUGGCUGGCAAAGCUGCUGACCAGUCUUGCCCUUCUCCCUUGCAGGCCUCUGGCCACCCUUUCUCAUCAGCGUCAACGGCACGGCUGGGUCGAAGAAACAAGGCUGCCGGGGUAGAUGUAGGGGAGGGGGAUGACGGGAGGAUUGUCCUUCCCGAGGGCUUUAAUCCCCUGCAAGCUCUGGAAGAACUGGAGAAGUUUGGCAACUUUAUGGCCAGAGGCCUUCGUGGCAGAGUGGAGGCCCCAGAAGAUAGCCCAGCCGAGCCGGCCCUGAAGCUCGAGGAUCUCCUUCAGAGGGACAUGCAGGCCCUGGGGGUGCUUGUGGCCGAAAUCGUGUUUGCAGCCAGGCUGCGGACGCUGCGCCCUCAUGCCCCGUUGAGGGAACGUUUCCUGACCGUCCGUGGGCUCUGUUCCCGCUACCCCAAGGAGAUCCCCGUCCCCUUGCAGUCUGUUUUAGAGACCCUCCUGCAGCUGAGCGAGCCUGUGGAACCUCUGCUACCUGGGGAGCCCAGGAGGGGGCUGCUCUCUGCCUAUAAGCCUAUCUCCCAGGGCCUGCCCCCACCCAGCCCCGCGCAGCUCCUCAGCCCGUACAGCUCGGUUGUCGCCUUUCCCUCUUACUUCUCGUCACUUUACAAGUUCAUCCUCCUGUACCAGACGAGGAAAGUGGAGGACGAGGUUCAGGGGCGAGAGCUGGUGUUUCAGCUGUGGCAGCAGUUGGAUGGCAUCCUGCGGGAGAUCACUCCCGAAGGCCUGGAAAUCCUGCUCCCCUUCGUGCUCUCCUUGAUGUCAGAGCAGCAUACCGCGGUGUACGCAGCCUGGUACCUGUUUGAGCCCAUUGCUAAGGCCCUGGGGCCCAAGAAUGCCAACAAGUACCUGGUGAAGCCUCUGAUCGGGGCCUACGAGAACCCCAGCCACCUGCACGGCCGAUUCUACCUAUACACCGACUGCUUUGUGGCCCAGCUGAUGGUUCGCCUUGGGCUGCAGGCCUUCCUUUCCCACUUGCUGCCCCAUGUCCUUCAGGUCCUGGCUGGGGUGGAGACUUCUCAGGAGGAGACUAAGUGCCUGGGGGGGGUGGCAGAGGAUGAGGAGAUUGAAGACGGGGAAGAGGGUCCCAGUCCCUGCAGCUUUGGUGAGGCCAUCCAAAUGGAAGGGGACUCCGGCUCAUCGGGGCUGGGCCUCCUGGACUACACGUCGGGCGUCAGCUUCCACGACCAGGCCGACUUGCCGGAGAGUGAGGACUUCCAGGCAGGGCUGUACGUGUCAGGGUCUCCCCAGCCUCCGGAGCCCGAAGCUCUCAGCCUGGGCCGGCUUAGUGACAAGAGCAGCCCCAGCGAGGCGUCCCUGGGGGAGGACCGGCCCGGGGACGAAGUGGGGCUGCCACGGGAGAGGAGUAGUCAGGAUCUGAAGCAGAGUGAGGGGUCAGAGGACGAGGAGGAGGAGGAGGAGGCGGAGGGUGCAGGGCAGGGGGACCAAGCCGGGGAGGAGGACGAGGAAGAGGAACAGGACGGUAGCCCAGUGGCGGCCGAGCUCCCCCUUUCAGAGACGGGUGUCUCAGUGGAUGCCGGUCUGCCCAAUGACGAUGGAGACGGGGAGGAAGAAGACCUGACAGACCAGUCUGAAGACAAAGAGCAAAAGAUUCUCCUGGAUACCGCCUGCAAGACAGUCCGUUGGCUCUCCGCCAGGCUCGGCCCCACCGUCACGUCCCGCUACGUGGCUCGGAACCUUCUGCGCCUGCUGACUUCCUGCUAUGUUGGUCCCACCAGGCAGCAGUUCAUGGGGAACAGCAGCAGCGACACGAGCCCCUUGAACUCAGGCAACAUCUACCAGAAGCGUCCAGUCCUGGGAGAUGUGGUGUCGGCCCCCGUGCUGAGUUGCCUCAUGCACGUGGCCUGCCUUUAUGGGGAGCCCGUCCUCACCUACCAGUACCUGCCCUACAUCAGCUACCUGGUGGCUCCUGGAGGCGGGGGAGGGCCCAGCCGCCUGAAUAGCCGCAAGGAGGCGGGGCUGCUGGCCGCAGUGACCCUGACCCAGAAGAUCAUCGUCUACCUCUGUGACACCACGUUGAUGGACAUCCUGCCCCGCAUCAGCCACGAGGUCCUCCUGCCUGUGCUCAGCUCCCUGACCUCCCUCGUCACAGGGUUCCCUGGAGGUUCCCAGGCCCGGACCGUUCUGUGCGUGAAGACCAUCAGCCUGAUCGCCCUGAUCUGCCUGCGCAUCGGGCAGGAGAUGGUGCAGCAGCACCUCAGUGAGACGGUGGCCACCUUCUUCCAGGUGUUCUCCCUGGUGCACGAGCUUCAGGGCCAGGCGCCAAGGCCAGAGGCCCCGAGCCCUGGCGAGGCCCGGGUGCUGGAGCUGGCCUUCUCGGACGGGCAGCCGCGCCCUGUGGACCUGGCCCUGCUGGAUGAGCUGCAGAAGGUGUUCACUCUGGAGAUGGCCUACAUGACUUACGUGCCCUUCUCCUGCCUGCUGGGUAUGAGCCGCCGGCUCGGGUUCCUUGUCCUUCACCUUCUGCCUUUCUUGCCCUUCCUUCCCUGUCCUCCCACAAGCCCCUGCUUUCCAGGAGGUCCUGCCCAAGAUGCUUCCUCAGGGCCGAGGCCCCAAGGCUUCCCUUUCCCAUUUUGGGCCACACGGCCUCGAGGCCACAGACACCCUCCCUCAGGUCUUUGCCCCACGCAGGGAAAAGAGCAGCACACUGUGGUGGGCCCCUGACAAAUAAGCAAGGCCCCCCCAUUCUUGGGGGUUCAGUCUCCCUGGCAGUCAGGGCUGGACUUAGUCAUCUUUAAGGUUGUUUCUGGCCCAGGAAUCCCCGGAUUCUGGUUCCUCUGGGUCGGCCCAUUAACAGUGUCCAGGGGCUC